AUGGCGGAAAACAUCAGCAAGAACGAGAUGCCCGCAGACAAGACCCUCGCAGUAUCGUCAGAUGAAAGCAUCUCUGCUGAGACAGAGACCAAUGAAUCUGUCAAGCGUACGCCUGGUCAACUCGACGUCUUGGUUCAGGGAGUCGCUCUCUUCUCUGAUGGCUACAACAUCCAGAUCAUUGGAUACAUGAACACUGUUCUAGCCAAGUUAUACCCAAAGCAGAUGACGGCCGAAGUCAAGACCAGGUUAUCCAACUCUAUCCUUAUUGGUGACAUCUUCGGCAUGCUCCUCUUUGGCCUCUGUAUCGACCGGUUCGGUCGACGUGUUGGGAUCUACCUGACAACUUUAUUCCUGGUUCUGGGUAUCGUCAUCGCCACAGCAGCACAUGGUGUUACUGUGGAGGGUAUGUUUUGGAUGAUGGUGAUCGGUCGCGGUGUUGCUGGUGUUGGAGCAGGUGGUGAGUAUACCGUGUGUACUUCGCAAGCCGUGGAGUGCGCCGAUAGUACCGAGGCUAUGCGAAAGCGACGUGGCAUGCUUGUUGCUGUCGCGACAAAUGCCGCUAUCAUCUCCGGUUUCGUAGCCUCAAGUAUUGUGUCUCUCAUUGUCAUUGCAGCAUACAAGGGUGUUCCCCAUGAUGGUAUCUGGCGCAUCUGUUUUGGCAUUGGCAUCAUUCUUCCACUUGGCAUCUUCUUCUUCCGCCUUCGCUUGAUGGAUUCCACUCAGUAUAAGAAGCAUGCCAUUCAGCACAAGAUACCAUACAAGCUUGCCAUCAAGUAUUACUGGAAACCACUUCUUGGGUGCUGCUCUGCCUGGUUCCUCUACGAUGCCGUCGUCUACCCUUUCAACCUUUUGGCACCAACUCUAGUCGCGGGCUUCUCGAAUAACCAGACGAUGCAGGAGUCCAUUGGCUGGUCAGCACUUAUCAACUUCUUCGCACUUCCUGGUGCUUUCAUCGGAGCCAUGCUCAUGGAUCGCAUUGGCCGACGUCAAACUUAUGCUUUGGGCUGGUCUAUAGUCUGCGUGUUUGGCUUCGUCAUUGGAGGCACAAUGUACCCUCUCAACAGCCCCUCAGCCUUCCCAGCCUUUGUUACGCUCUAUGGACUCUUCCAAACCUUUCUGUCGGUAGGUCCUGGAGAUUGUAACUUCCUAGUCAGCAGCGAAAGCUUUCCUACUCCGCUCAGAGGCCACUUUCUCGGGUUUGCUGCAGCGAUCGGCAAGGUUGGUGCUGCGGUCGGUACCCAGGCGUUGAGUAAGUGCCUUGUCAGCUUUGACGAUAAGCUCAAGGGUCAGCAAGUUGUCUUUCUCAUCGGCAGUGCUAUUUCGGUAGUUGGAGUCUUCUGCGUUUGGUUCUUGAUCCCAAAUCACCCCAAGACGCUCGAAGAGGAGGACGUCCGUUUCAAAGCUUAUCUGGAGGAGAAUGGCUAUGACACCAGCCAAAUGGGACUAAAAGGGUAA